AGAUGGUGACAGUGUCAGUGAAAAACCAUGUUAUCAUUUUGUGCAAGGGAGUGGGCUAUCUAUACUUGCCUUCAUCUAUGGUCGUAAAGAAGAAGCACCAAGUAAUAUAACCUCGUAUUCAGUAAUUUAAAUUAUCUAUAAUUCCACUUUGAAAAUUCACUACUCAUCAACAACUAUUAUGAAUAGUCAUGUUGCAGUGAACAGUGUGUUUUUACCUAUUAUAUUUUUAUUUUUUUAUUUUAUGUCCAUUGAACCACAGACAUGUUGAUUAUUUACUCUGUACUCAUUUCUAAAAGUUCUUUGCCAACACUAGUCAACUAUGCAAAAAAUGUCCCAACAACGAAAUACUUCGUUAGGAGUUUUAAAGGUAGUGCCGAAAAGGUACGAAAAACUCAAAAUUACCAGCCUGUCAGUGUAAGGGAAUCUGGGGAACCGAUUGGGAAUAAGAUACUAGAGAUGUUUCGAAGAUAUAACUCUAAGAGCCCCAAGUCACCGGAAAAGCCUGAAGUAAAUGUAAGGAAAGCACCCAAACUAAGAAAAACAGACCUUAGUAGAUUGUUUGCUUUGGCAAAACCCGAAAAAUGGAGAUUAACAAGUGCAAUAGGUUUUUUACUAGUAUCUAGUACUGUUUCGAUGGCUGUGCCAUUUAGUUUGGGCAAAAUAUUAGACAUCAUUUACACAAAGGCCGAAGAUUUCGACAAAGCAAAAGCGAAACUAAACAAAGUGUGUGGCAUUUUACUAUCUGUGUUUGUUCUAGGCGGGUUAUGUAAUUUCGGUCGAGUAUAUUGUAUGUCUAUAGCAGGUUAUAGAAUGACUCAAGCACUGCGAACUAAGGUGUUCGAAUCUAUUGUAAAACAAGAGCAAGGCUGGUUUGAUAAAAGACCCACUGGAGAGCUAAUUAACAGGCUCUCGUCAGAUACGCAAGUAGUGGGACAGGCACUUUCCCAGAAUAUCUCGGAUGGAUUAAGAUCCACAGUUAUGGUCAUCGCAGGGACUAGUAUGAUGUUUUACAUGUCUCCUAAACUGGCACUUGUGGGUCUAGCUAUAGUGCCUCCAGUAGCUGGAGCCGCUGUGAUAUAUGGGAGGUAUGUCAGAGGUAUUUCCAGGAAGUUACAAGAUUCAUUAGCUGAUGCCACCAAGGUAGCUGAAGAAAAAAUUUCCAAUAUGAGAACGGUAAAAGCUUUUGCCCAGGAACCCAGAGAAAUCGAAAACUACAUACAUUCAAUAAAAAACGUGUUAAACUUGGGUUAUUUGGAAGCUAAAGCCAGGGCGGUCUUUUAUGGGAUGACAGGGUUUAGCGGACAUGUGAUAAUCAUAUCAGUCCUGUAUUAUGGUGGGGUUAUGGUAACCUCUAAUGAACUGAGUAUAGGCCAUUUAUCUUCUUUCCUUCUGUAUGCUGCUUAUAUUGGAGUUUCCGUCGGAGGAUUAUCAAGCUUUUACAGUGAACUAAAUAAAUCAGUAGGCGCAGCACAAAGAAUUUGGGAAAUCAUGGAUAGAACUCCAGCAAUACCUGUAACAGGGGGUAUUAGGCCAGUGACUGAUCCCGAAGGACACAUAGAAUACAAAAACAUCAAAUUUAGCUAUCCAUCGAGAAAAGACAUACAAAUAUUUAAAGAUUUGGAGCUGGAUAUAGCUCCAGGAAAAAUGGUUGCAGUUGUGGGGCCGAGUGGCUCAGGAAAAAGUACGUUAGCUGCUUUGCUGCUAAGGCUGUAUGAUCCAGAAGAUGGUGCUGUGUACUUGGAUGGCCACAAUAUUCAAGAUCUAGACCCAAGUUGGGUAAGAAGACACAUAGGCACAGUUAGUCAAGAACCAAUCUUAUUUUCAAGUUCAAUAAGAGAUAAUAUCCUUUACGGUGCAGACAAUCCUGAAACCAUCACACAAGAUGAGCUGAUUCAAGUGUCAAAAGAGGCUAACGUACACGAGUUUGUUCAACAAUUACCUGAAGGUUUUGAUACAGUAGUAGGUGAAAGAGGAGUGAUGUUGAGCGGAGGUCAAAAACAGAGAGUUGCCAUUGCGAGAGCUUUAAUUAAAAACCCUAAGAUUCUUCUGCUAGAUGAAGCUACUAGCGCUUUGGAUGCUCAGUCGGAAAGAUUGGUUCAAGAUGCUCUAGAAAAGAUAAUGAAAGGUCGAACAGUGCUCACUAUUGCUCAUCGUCUAUCCACCAUCCAGAAUGCCGACACCAUUGCGGUAUUGCGAGAUGGUCAAAUUGUAGAGAAGGGCAACUAUCAAGAACUCUUACAUAAGGAAAAUGGUGCAUUUAGGGAGUUGAUGAAACAUCAAGCCUUUCAAAGUUAGUAUCAUAAUGGAAGAUAAAAACGUCUAUUAUGCACUUGGAAGUACGUUGUAACUUAGCGAAAACUAUGUCAUAAAUUCCAAAUUAGUUUUAAUCAUAGUAAGUUAUAGAUAAUUUAAAAUAUAUUAUGAGCAUUA